AUGAUGGCCAUCCUGUGGCUGCUUAGCCUUUCUCUCCCCACUCUGGGGGCCCAUGUAUUAAUCAGCUGUGCCUACAAGAGUCUCUGCCAGCUGUCGCUACUCUCGGGUAAUGAUGUUGUCUUGCAGUGUGACCACCCCAGGGCACUUUGGUACUUCUCUUCCAUUCUGGAGGAGGAUACCCUUCUACUCUCCUCAAUGCCCAACAUAAAGAAACUGCCUGGGGGUGGCCUACAAUUGACCAACCCACAACCCUCCCAGACAGGCCUUUACAGCUGCCAGGACAAUGACAAUGCUCUCGUGGUAGAGUAUGAGAUUGACUUCCAGGAUGUCACCAACCUGCAUAUUACACACAAAGACCUGGGCCAAAAGCCCCUACAGAAUGAGACCCUGGACCUGGGUGGCAGGGUACUCAUGUUCACCCACUGGGAGCCCUGGCAGGACUGUAACCGCUGUGGGGAGCCUGGUGAGCGCAAACGCCUGGGGUACUGCUACAUCCAGGAGGAGCCGCUGGAAAAACCCCUGCCUUGCAGGCUCUAUCUGGGACAGGAGAAGGUGGAAUCCAGACUCAUGCAGCCUGAACUACAGGUGGAAUCCUGCCUUGUACCCUGCAACCCCAUCAAGGAAAUCAACCAGCCUUACUUCAUCUUUGACUCGUACCAGCUGAGCAAGUUGACCAACAGCAUGUGGCUCACCUGCCCCUUGGCCUCCAUCUACAGGUGA